AGCUUGAACUGACCUGUGCUGACACCAGAGCAGACGGGUGUACCUCUGCACGGUGCACAGACGCUGAACUGUGGAUACCUUUUUAUCCUGCAGCUGAAAAUCAAGACUUCUCUCCUCUUUGGACCGUGGAAUCCUAUUUUUUAUUUCUUUAUUCUUUUAAAAGGUUUUUUCUAUUUUUGUUAGUCUGCUGUUUUCAGGAUGCUUGGCCCUGUUACUUUGCAGCAGAUCAUUUCCUACCUGUUCGUGCUCUGCAGCGCUGCAGUGAUGGCAGAGGGAGAGUGCCCUGCUGAGUGCUCCUGCGCAGCCUCACCCCCGAUGUGCCCGCCGGGCGUCAGCUGGGUGACCGACCACUGCGGCUGCUGUAAAGUUUGUGCGAGGCAGUUCAAUGAGGACUGCAGCGCCGCUGAACCCUGCGAUCACAUCAAGGGGCUACGCUGCCACCUGGGGGCCGGAGGGGACCCUGAGAGAGGACUGUGUCGAGCUGAGGCCCAGGGAUUGCCUUGCGAGUUCAACGGACGGGUGUACCAGCACGGCGAGGACUUCCAGCCUGACUGCCAGCACCAGUGCACCUGCAUGGACCGGGUGGUGGGCUGCAUGCCCCUCUGCCCACAGCGAAUCCCUCUUCCAGACUGGCGCUGCUCACGGCCUCGGCUGGCGAGGCCCGAGGGCGGCUGCUGUGAGGAAUGGGUGUGUGAUGACAACAACCACAUCAGUGAGGAGCCAGACGAGCUGACACACACCUCCAUGCCAGACGGACGGCCCCUCCCCAACCACAUCAGUGUCCUGCUGGAGCCCCAGCCGCAUCCCCGACACCCAGCUGCCACCGGAGGGGCCACGCUCAGAGAGAUGGUGUCGUUCCCCAUGUCUGAGGGGUUUCUAGAAUCCCGCUGUUUCCCACAGACCACAGAGUGGACCCAGUGCUCCACCACGUGUGGGAUGGGGAUCUCCAGUCGAGUGACCAACAACAACCCGGACUGUCAGCUGGUCCGAGAGACCAGACUGUGCCAGAUCCGGCACUGUGAGCCGCAGCUUCCUCUCGCUAGCAAGAGGGGGAAGAAGUGUCAGAAAACAGUCCGCCCCCAGGAGCCAGUCAGGAUCACCUUUGCUGGAUGUUGGACGUCACAGAGGUACCGCCCUCGUACCUGUGGGACUUGCACAGACGGCCGCUGCUGCACACCCUCCGUCACCCGCACUGUGAGGCUCCGCUUCCACUGCUCUGACGGAGAGGGCUUCUACAGAAACGCCAUGUGGAUCCAGCGCUGCAGCUGCAGUACAAGCUGUCACUCACACAGCGGGUCCUCCAUCCCGUCGGUCAGUCUCCACAACGACAUCCACACCUUCAGGCACUGAGGAGGAGGACUCAUCAGACCCAGCCCGGGGCCUUACACAAUGACUCUGCACCUUCCCCCUCACCCAAACACACCCCCCCCCACCACCUGUCUGUCAGCUGGGCGAGCUCCUGCCUCCCCCUCCCACGACCAGCCAGGCAAUAUGUUCGCUUGCACUUUAACAUUUCCUGCCACGAUGAUGUCACAGUUUGUCGACACUAAAGGUGUGUGACUUCUCUUGUACCAAGGAGCACUGAGGAGCACACACUGUUAGCAGAAAGCUUUAAUCGAAACGUCUUUAAUUUAUUUUUAUAACUUUGUGUCCUCCCCACAGAGAUCGAACAGAGAGAAGGUUGUUUUAGACGAGAAAAAAAGACAACAUCUAUAAGAAGUGAUGGGAACAAUGGCGAUGCUAAAUCAAUGAUGAAGAACUAAAAGACAAAUUAUUUAGUAAUAAGUGUGGUUGUUUUUCUUUAACACCAGUCAUUUGUGAUAAAAUGUUUUCUUCAUGUAUUGAUUUGUGUGAGUGUGUGUGUGUGUGUGUGUGUGUGUGUGUGUGUGUGUGUGUGUGUGUGUGUGUGUGUGUGUGUGUGUGUGUGUGUGUGUGUGUGUGUGUGUGUGUGUGUGUGUUUGAAGACAACCUUUCCUCAGAGAGAGUUCAGUAAGCUACAUCGAUUGCAGUAUAAAGUGUAUAUAGACUUCACUCUUAGCUGUGGAGUGGUAAAUUCUAGGAUCACCUCAUUUUUCGGGGUGUGAUUUAUACUAUAAUAUGUGUUGGUGUUCUUGACAGUGUACAUACGAUGCUUUAUUUCUAGGGAUGAAACGAUGCUUUAUAUUUGAAAAGAACUGUUACAUGUGUUCAGUGGAUGUUUAACCUGUAAACUCCAGUACAUCAAAUAAAAAUGUAUCAACCUU